AUGCGCAUCAUGACCCAAUAUCAAAUUAGCCUAGCCCAAUUAACCAAAACCCUAGUCGUAGCGCUCGCGACGGCGGCGGCGGCGGCGACGGAGUACAGCGUGGUGGACUACGGGGCGCGGGCGGGCGGCAGGGUGGACGCGGCGGGGGCGUUCCUCGCCGCGUGGGCGGCGGCGUGCGGAGACGACGGGUACCGGCCGGUGAUGCGCGUCCCCGCGGGGACGUUCCUGGUCGGGCAGGCGUACUUCCUUGGCCCCUGCCGCAGCGCCGGUGGCGUGGUGCUCGCCAUCGACGGCACCGUCGUCGCGCCGCCGGCCGUCGCCAACACGUCGUGGAUCAUGUUCCACUACGCCCACGGCCUCGCCAUCCGCGGCGGCACGCUCGAUGGCAACGGCCGCUCCUUCUGGGCCUGCAAGGCCGCCGCUGGCCGCGACUGCCCGCCCGGCACCACCACGCUGGACAUCAGCCAGUCGAACAACGUGUCCGUGAAACGGGUGACGCUGGUGGACAGCAAGAACGUCCACGUGUCCAUCUUCGACUGCGCCGGCGUGACGCUCCAGGGCCUCAGGAUCACCGCGCCGGCGGACAGCCCCAACACCGACGGCAUCCACGUGGCGCUCUCCCGCGACGUCUCCAUCCUCAGCGCGACGGUCGGCACCGGCGACGACUGCGUCUCCAUGGGGCCGGGCACCUCCGGCGUGGUCCUCCGCAGCAUCCGGUGCGGCCCGGGACACGGGAUCAGCAUCGGCAGCCUCGGCGGGGGCGCCGGCGAGGGGGAGGUCCGCAACGUGACGGUGGAGUCCGCGGUGCUCACCGGCACGCAGAACGGCCUCCGGAUCAAGACGUGGGGGAAGCCCAACGCCGGCCGCGUCGCCGGCGUUAGGUUCACCCGCGUCGCCAUGCGCGGGGUCGGGAACCCCAUCGUCGUCGACCAGAACUACUGCCCCGGCAACGUCAACUGCCCCGGCCAGAGCUCCGGCGUGAAGAUCAGCGACGUGGAGUACGACGACAUCACGGGGACGUCGGCGACGGAGGUGGCGGUGAAGUUCGACUGCAGCGGCAGCAACCCGUGCACGGGGAUCAGGCUCAAGAACAUCAACCUGACGUACGACGGCAAGCCGGCGCAGUCGUUCUGCAAGAACGCCGGCGGGUCGGCGUCCGGCGCCGUCAGCCCGCCGAGCUGCCUCUGA